UAUCCCCCGCCCUCUAUGUGGGCGUGGUCUCUGGGCAGACGGCUGCUCACUGGCAGAGAGGAUGACACAUGGUAUAACAUGCUGCUGGUGCAGCUGCUUCCGCCAGGAGUGAGCCUGCUGGCACUAGUGUGGCUGGUGCUGGAUGUCGCUUUCCUUAGCGCUCUGCUCUUAUACCUGCUACGAGGCUGUGACUGCGGGCGCUCCCUUUUGUGCAGCGUUUUCCAUGAUCUCAUUCGCUAUGGGAAGACUAAAGUCGGCCGGCAGCGCCCCGCAUGGCUCCAGUGGUUUGAUAUCCCUAAGAGGUGCUUCUGGCAUUUUUAUUGCGUCUCUCUGAUCUGGAAUGGGUUUCUUCUGUGGAUCCUCCAUCGCUUACUCUUUCAGAGUGUUCCGGUUCCAGAAUGGAUACAGGUAGUUCUUCGCUUCCUCCGUGCUGGAUCAGAACCACAGAUCCUGGAUAGAGAACUUUCAGCUGUUCUGGCUCUUGCUCUGUUGUGGUUGCACAGCCUGCGGAGAUUGCUCGAGUGCCUGUUUGUGAGUGUCUUCUCCAAUGGGACCAUUCACUUUGUGCAGUACUGCUUUGGCCUGGGAUAUUAUAUCUUGAUUGGGAUCACUGUACUUAGCUAUUGCUCGCUGGACACACAGACUGUCUCCCUGGAUGAUCUCCUGCCGCAGGGUCACUGGUACCAUAUCCUCGGACUGACCCUCUACAUCUGGGCUUCUCUACACCAGUACAGAUGUCAUUGCAUUCUUGCCAAUCUGAGGAAAAGUGCAUCAGGUACCAUAAUGCAUCUGAACUAUGCCAUACCUACUGGAGACUGGUUUGAGAAAGUGUCCUGCCCUCAUUACUUGGCAGAGCUCUUGAUAUACCUGUCCAUCGCAGUUGUUUUUGGACCUCUGAACACUAUAUGGUGGCUUGUUGUUUUAUAUGUUUUGUUUAGCCAGGCAUUAGCUGCAGUUUUAUGUCAUGAGUUUUAUCAUGAAAAGUUUGAUUCCUAUCCUAUUCACAGGAACGCUUUCAUUCCAUUUAUAUUUUAAAUAUUAUACUUUGCCAUGUAUCUAUCUCUCUUGCUUUCUUUGGUGCUGAGCUAAAUGUAUUUAUCCUUGAUAUGACAAUGAAAAGAAUAUGCAGUUUA